UUACCUAAAAGCUAAGCGCUUUCUUCUAGCUAUUUGAGCUCGAGUGGUUACUGGCGAAUGGCCACUGCUUCUGCCAUAUGGCUUCCAUCUACGCGCCUCUCACGGCCCCUGUUUCGCUUUCUUACAUGUUUUCAGUCCACCAACCGCAGCUUCUCUUCUGCCGGCCGGUCUAUCUUCCAACCAAAACGACCUAUUCAUACUCAAUUUCAAGUCAGGGCACUUGCUAAAAGAGGGUUUUCAUCUAGAGAAGAUGAAGUUGCUUCCACUGCAGAUUUGUCCUUUGAAGAGCCUCUCAAGAUUUUGGAAUAUCCAGACCCUUUAUUAAGAGCUAGAAACAAGAGAAUUGUUACAUUCGAUGAUCAGUUAAAGAAGCUGGUGAAUGAGAUGUUUGAUGUAAUGUACAAAACUGAUGGUAUUGGUCUAUCGGCACCUCAAGUUGGAAUUAAUGUUCAGCUUAUGGUGUUUAAUCCAGUUGGGGAACAAGGGGAAGGAGAAGAGGUUGUUCUUGUAAAUCCAAGAAUCAAUGGAUCUUCUAAAAAGAGGACACUGUUUGAUGAAGGUUGCUUGUCUUUCCCAGAGAUUUAUGCAGAUGUGGAGAGACCAGAAUCUGUGAAGAUUGAUGCAUUGGACAUUACUGGAAAGAGAUUUAAUGUCAACUUGUCAGGCCUCCCUGCCCGUGUUUUUCAGCAUGAAUUUGACCAUUUGCAGGGCAUUCUUUUCUUCGAAAGAAUGACAGAAGAAGUUCUUGACAGUAUUAGAACUGAGCUGGAGGAAUUGGAGAAGAAGUAUGAAGACAAGACUGGACUUCCAAGCCCCGAAAGAAUAGCGACACGACAAAGAAGAAGCUUUGCUGCUGGUUUUGGGAAAUCAUAAAUGUUGUUACAAAAAGACAUGCUAUAGUUGUUUAAAAAACAGUUAAUAUAAACCAAAUUUGCCUUAGACAGGAUUAAACAAAUGUCUCUUAUUCAUCU